UCUGUUCCCCCAAAAAAAAAAAAAAAAAAAAAAGCGCCCGAACGGAUAAGGGAAAGAAAAACACGUUGAGACAUUUUCAGGAGGAGAUUCUACUCCUUGAAGUCCUUGCCCUUCAAUCUUGCUAUCUUGUACUGGGGGACUGAGUGAAAAAACCUACAUGAUUCUGUGAUUUGCAGAGAGAAAAAAUGUCGAUUCUUUCAAUGUCUUCUUCGAUUCAUUCAAUUGGGUACUUAUCCCACAAGCCCAAUUCAGCUUCCACCCUCAAACGAAGCUCACUCCUCACUUCUUCUUUCCUCUCACCACCAUCGACAUCGUUGGCUGCUCAGUUCUCGAAGAAGACAAACUUUCAUGUUCUGAUCAACACCAAGGGCAAGAAACGGAUGGGGGUCACAGUCAUGAGCAUGGAGGCUGGCAUUGGAGUUAUGGCCACCAAGCUCGGCAUGAUGAGCUUCUUCGAGCCGGACGGGAAGGUCGUCCCUGUCACUGUCGUGGGCUUCAGAGAAGGAAACAUUGUGACCCAGGUGAAGACCCAGGCCACCGACGGCUACGACGCCGUUCAGGUUGGAUACCGUAGGGUCAGAGACAAGAAGCUCACAAAACCCGAGCUGGGUCAUUUAGAGAAGGCUGGAGCGAUUCCAAUGCGCCAUCUCCAGGAGUUCCGGCUUCAGUCUGUUGAGGGCUUUGAGUCUAACCAGAGGCUUGUCUUCGAGGAGCUCUUUAAGGAGGGUGACCUUGUUGAUGUCUCCGGAACCACCAUUGGAAAGGGUUUCCAAGGUGGAAUCAAGCGCCACAAUUUCAAAAGGGGUCCAAUGACCCAUGGUUCCAAGAGUCAUAGAGCCCUGGGAUCUAUUGGAGCUGGAACGACACCAGGAAGAGUAUAUAAGGGAAAGAAGAUGCCUGGUAGGAUGGGAGGAACAAAGAGGAAGAUCAGGAAGCUGAGGAUUGUUAAAAUUGACAGCGACCUAAAUGUUGUAAUGAUCAAAGGUGCAGUCCCUGGUAAGCCAGGAAAUCUUCUUCGUAUAGCUCCAGCUAAAAUUGUAGGGAAGAACAUUCCCAAAAAUUAGUUCAAUUUACUUCUCUAUGACUUUUUGUAGUUUUGUAUAUCUUUCUUUUCUUCUGUCAAUUCAUUAAUGUACUUUUUUUUGCCUGGAGCAAUUUAUUUUCUGAUUGCCAA